AUGGGAUUGUGGUUCUAUAUCAUAGCAUCUAUUUCUCUAUACAUUUUUCUUCAAGCCCUUCUCAAUGUAAUCCGCAACAAGAAAUUACCACCAAGCCCUCCAACUAUACCCUUCGUAGGUAACCUUUUUUGGCUCCUAAAGUCAUCAAAAAAUUUUGCUGACAUUGAACCUUUCCUUCGUUCAUUACGUUCCAAAUAUGGUGACAUAGUUACCAUUCACAUAGGUUCUCGACCUUCAAUUUUCAUAACAUCACAUGAAGUUGCUCAUAGAGCACUAGUUAAAAAUGGUACAAUUUUUGCUAAUCGUCCUAUAGCUCUUCAAACAAUUAAAAUUUUCUUCCCUAAACAACGUUCCGUAAGCACUUCUCCUUAUGGUCCUAUGUGGAGAUUAUUGCGCCAAAAUUUAAUGCAAGUGACUCAACCUUCUCGAUUACAUUCAUAUUCUCAUUGUCGUAAAUGGGCAUUGAAUGUUCUCAAGAAACAUAUUUUAGUUGAUAUUGAAUUAGGUAAUAAAGCCGUACCAGUUGAUGAUUAUUUUAAUUUUACAUUAUAUACUUUAUUCUCGCACAUGUGUUUGGGGGAGAAAUUUGAUAAAGAAAUUGUUGAGAAUAUACAAAGGACACAACAUCGUUUGAUCCACAAUUUCAUUAGAUUCAAUGUGUUGAAUUUUGUACCAAUGUUGUCUAAGUUUGUGUUUAGAGGAUUAUAUAAAGAGAUCUUAGAAAUUCGUCAAAAUCAAAUAAAUUUGUUGCUUCCUUUAAUAAAAGCUCGCCAAGAGAAAAUAAAAAACAAGAUUCAUGUUGUGGACGGAGAUAAUGAUGAUUUUGAGGCUUAUAUUGAUACUCUUUUUGAAUUAAGACUUCCCGACAGUGACAAUAAGUUAAACGACGAAGAGUUGGUUAGUUUGAUUUCUGAAUUUUUGUUAGGUGGAACUGACACAACGGCUACCACAUUGUUAUGGGCCAUGGCUAAUUUAGUAAAAUAUCCAAACAUUCAAGAGAAAAUUUAUGAUGAAAUUAAGGAAGUUGUGAAACAUGGUGAAGAAAUUGAAGAGGAGCAAUUGAAAAGAAUGCCUUAUUUAAAGGCUGUUGUGUUAGAGACAUUUAGGAGACACCCACCUGGUCAUUUUAUAAUUCCUAGAGCUGUUAUACAUGAUGCUAUUUUGGAUGGUCAUAAGAUACCAAAAAAUGCAAUGGUGAAUUUUCCUGUGGCUGAAUUGGGGUGGGACCCAAAUGUAUGGGAAAAUCCAAUGGAAUUUAAGCCUGAAAGGUUUUAUAGGGAAGUUGAAAAGGAUACUAACUUUGAUCUAAAAGGGUUUAAAGAGAUUAAAAUGAUGCCUUUUGGUGCAGGGAGGAGAGUUUGUCCUGCAAUUAGUGUUGCAAUGCUUCAUCUUGAAUACUUUUUGGCCAAUUUGGUGAGAGAUUUUAAAUGGACAAUUGAAGAAGGGUGUGAGGUUGACUUGAGUGAGAAGCAGGCCUUCACCAUUGUCAUGAAGAAUCCAUUGAAGCCAUGUGUGACUCCAAGAACCACUUGA